GUAACAGUUUCUCAUUCUCUCUCUAAAAAAGAAAAAUAAUCUGACACAGAUACACGCGCUCUUCUCUUUCUCCUCCUUAAAAAACACCGAAAAACAAUGGCGGUUCUGUCUUCAUUCGCUCCAGCAUAGAAAGAGAAACAAAAAAUGGUAAAAGCAAUAGUAGUAGUAGCAUAGUGCCACGACCAAGUCGCCGCCGAAACUUUGAUGCCCAUUUUCCGUUCUUAGAAAAAGUGAACCCGACCCGUUUAUUUUUUUUUUUUUAAAAAUCUCUAAAGGAGGUGUGUAGCACACACUGUUUUCCUGUCCCCUCCGAGUAAAAGGAACAAGUACCUACGUUUGUAUGUAACCGUGGUCGUUUUCAGUUGUAACGUUUGCUGCUUCAGUUUUUUUUUUCUGGCUGUGGAGUGAGUGCUUGCGCUGAUUCCCGAGUCCAUUUUGCUCUUUUUUCCCGGCUUUGCUUGAGAUCCGUUACCCUUUGGGAUUCGUAGCUGCUCUGGCUGAGAUCUGUUUACUUUUGGAGUUUCUUCGCGUGUUUGGUUUCUGAGUCGUGCUUGGUUUUUCGCGUAGCUGCUGAUUUUAUUAGAGUGGGGUUAACUUGCUCUUGGUGCGUGGAGCGUUGAAUGAUGAGGUGUUGGGUUGAAGAUUGGAACUUGGGGUGGUGGGGGUUGGAAGCGAAUGAAGGGCAGGAGUGAAACAAUUGUGUUUUGUAGUGAGACUGGUGUUGGUUGAGGAGUGGAAAGGUGGGAAUUUUCUGAGCUUUAGAAUUGAUGGUUGAGGGAAUUCGGUGUCUGGGGUGUUUGAGUUUUGUUUAGAUUUCAAAUGGGUUUUACUUUUGGUUGGUGAAGGGGGGUGAAGGUGAAAGAAGAAUGGUAUUGUGGAGUAGGGAGGAAGAGAAGAAAGGGAUUGUUGUUUGGUUUGGGGUGAAGCUUGUGGGAAUUUUGUUGCUGCUAAAUUGGUCUACUUAAGAGUGUGCUUGAAUCAUUGAUUUUGGGGCUGGGUUCAAGGUUUGAAAUUGCUGAAGCUUUACUGAAAUGAAACUUUCUUCAGCUGGUUUUAGUCCUCCACCCCAGGAAGGAGAAAAGCGAGUUUUAGAUUCAGAACUUUGGCAUGCUUGUGCUGGUCCUCUUGUUUCUUUACCAGCUGUUGGAAGCCGCGUGGUCUACUUUCCACAAGGUCACAGUGAACAGGUUGCUGUGUCUACCAACAGGGAAGUGGAUGGCCAUAUACCCAACUAUCCAAGCUUACCGCCUCAGCUUAUUUGUCAACUUCAUAAUGUGACUAUGCAUGCAGAUACCGAGACUGAUGAAGUAUAUGCUCAGAUGACCUUGCAACCUCUGAGUCCUGAAGAGCAAAAGGAGGCAUACCUUCCAGCAGAUUUAGGCACUCCAAGUAAACAGCCAACGAACUACUUUUGCAAAAUCUUGACAGCCAGUGACACUAGCACUCAUGGGGGAUUCUCUGUUCCUCGCAGGGCAGCUGAAAAAGUUUUUCCUCCAUUGGACUUUUCACAACAGCCUCCUGCUCAAGAGUUAGUUGCAAGGGAUUUGCAUGGUAAUGAGUGGAAAUUCAGACAUAUCUUCCGUGGCCAGCCCAAAAGGCAUCUACUUACAACGGGAUGGAGUGUCUUUGUGAGUGCUAAAAGACUUGUUGCUGGGGAUUCAGUGCUGUUUAUCUGGAAUGAUAAGAAUCAAUUGCUUCUUGGCAUUCGGCGUGCUAAUCGACCUCAACCUGUGAUGCCUUCAUCAGUUUUGUCAAGUGAUAGCAUGCAUUUGGGGCUUCUUGCCGCUGCAGCUCAUGCCGCUGCAACUAAUAGUCGUUUCACCAUCUUUUAUAACCCACGUGCUAGCCCAUCGGAAUUUGUCAUACCUUUAGCGAAGUAUGUUAAGGCCGUGUAUCAUACUCGAGUUUCAGUCGGUAUGCGCUUCAGAAUGCUGUUUGAAACAGAGGAAUCUAGUGUGCGUCGAUACAUGGGCACCAUAACUGGCAUUAGUGACUUGGAUUCUGUCCGGUGGCCAAAUUCACAUUGGCGCUCAGUCAAGGUUGGCUGGGAUGAAUCCACGGCAGGAGAGAGGCAACCUCGAGUGUCUUUAUGGGAAAUUGAGCCAUUGACAACAUUUCCAAUGUAUCCAUCUCCAUUCCCCCUUAGGCUUAAGAGACCAUGGCCUCCAGGAUUGCCUUCAUUCCAUGCAGGUUUGAAGGAUGAUGAUUUCGGUAUGAAUUCUUCACUAAUGUGGCUUCGAGACGCAGAUAGAGGGCUUCAGUCUCUUAACUUUCAGGGAAUUGGUGUUAAUCCUUGGAUGCAGCCAAGGCUUGACCCUUCGAUGGUUAAUUAUCAAACAGAUAUGUACCAAGCUAUGGCUGCCGCUGCACUUCAGGAUAUGUGGACAUCAGAUCCUUCCAAACAGCAUCCUCCAUCCUUGAUUCAAUUUCAGCAACCGCAGAACUUCCCCAACAGGACUUCUCCCUUAAUUCAGACUCAAAUGUUGCAGCAGUCUCAACCUCAGCAGGCUUUUCCAAAUAGUCAAGAAAAUCCCCAUCCAUCUCAAUCACCUGCUCAAACUCAAACGCAUUUUCAGCAGCAUCUACAGCAACAACACUCGUUCAAUAAUCAGAAUCAGCAUCAUCUUCUGCAGCAGCAACAGCCGCAAGUGCAACAGCAACAGCAACAAGUGAUGGAUCAUCAGCAGAUUUCAAGCGCUGUCUCUACAAUAGCUCAGUUCAUUUCAGCGCCUCAAUCUCAAUCACCACCCAUGCAAGCUAUCUCUUCACUGGGUCAUCAGCAAAACUUUUCUGAUUCAAAUGGGAACCCUGUGACAACAGCUAUUGUUUCUCCCCUGCAUAGUAUAUUGGGUUCAUUUCCCCAGGAUGAAACAUCUCACCUUCUCAACCUUCCUAGAACUACGUCUUGGGUUCCUGUUCAACCUUCAACUGCGUGGCCUCCCGCCAAGCGUGUUGCAGUGGAUCCUCUCCUUUCUUCAGGAGCAUCUCAAUGUGUUAUGCCUCAAGUGGAGCAGUUAGGGCAGCCACAGAGUACCUUGUCACAAAAUGCCAUUAGUUUGCCACCCUUUCCUGGUAGGGAGUGUGCAAUAGAAGGAAGCACUGAUCCUCAAAAUCAUCUUUUGUUUGGUGUCAAUAUAGAGCCCUCGUCACUUCUACUGCAUAAUGGGAUGUCAAGUCUUAAGGGGGUCAGCAGCAACAGUGACUCACCAACUAUACCUUUUCAAUCAACUAACUACCUCAACACCACAGGCACUGAUUCUUCAUUGAAUCCUGGAAUGACACAAAAUAUCGGUGAAUCGGGCUUCCUGCAAACUCCAGAAAAUGGGGGGCAAGGAAACCCACCGAACAAAACCUUUGUGAAGGUUUAUAAGUCAGGGUCCUUCGGAAGAUCAUUGGACAUCACAAAAUUCACCAACUACCACGAGCUACGCGGUGAGCUUGCUCGUAUGUUUGGCCUUGAAGGUGAGUUGGAGGACCCUGUGAGAUCAGGCUGGCAGCUUGUAUUCGUUGACCAAGAGAAUGACGUUCUUCUCCUCGGUGAUGGCCCCUGGCCGGAAUUUGUAAAUAGUGUAUGGUGCAUCAAGAUACUUUCCCCUCAGGAAGUGCAGCAAAUGGGCAACAAUGGCCUUGAGCUUCUGAACUCAGUUCCUAUCCAGAGGCUCUCUAACGGCGUCUGCGAUGACUAUGCAGGCCGUGACGACCCAAGAAAUUUAAGCACUGGGAUAACAGCUGUGGGGUCUUUAAACUACUGAAUGAUAUGACAAUCAAUACUAUGAAUUUCUUCUCUCUCCUGUAUUAUUACUCCUACUUCUCCAACCUUUGUCAAUCGUGGGAAGUACUGCCUAGUUGUAGUUUAUAGCUUUACUUAUAAGCCUUUUGUUUUUGUUUUCCUGUUUUUGCUGCUUAGGACCAUUCAUAAGCUAAACAAUGUACCUAUAUGGCAUCUUGUCAAUUUGCUGCAAGUAUAUUGAUUACUUAAUCUGUUAGGAAAACUCUCUCCAUAUCUAUUUAUAUAAUUUAUAUUA